UCUCAUAUACCUCACUCACACACACACUCCUCACACUCACAGGACUACCAUUCCAAGACCAGUCACCAUGGCCGACAAGAAUGGUGCUACUGCCAACAGUAAACUGAUGGUUAGGAAGAAAGAGAGGACAACAAAGACAGCGGUGGAGAUCAAGAAAGAGGUGAAGACGGAGAUGAACGGAGAGGUCCCAAUGGAGGAGGGAGCCACAGCUAAUAAAGACAUGGCUAACGGGGCGGUGGAGGCUCACGGAGCAGAUGGAGAGUACGAAACAAUUGAGCUUCCUCCUUGUGAAAUCAUGGAAGGGUACAUGUCAUCCAGCCCUUGUGCGGCCUGCGCGGCUAAGAUCACAGAGGCCCUCCGGGCAGGGAAGACCAUCAAGAUGACCCUAUUUUCAGCCCGGCUGUUUGAGUGGGAGGAGCAAGAGAUCCAAGCGGGCUGCAAGCUGAGGAUGAUGAAGCCCAUGGACUUCACCUAUGUCUGGGACACUUUUGUAGAGAACGACGACCUAACGUUCACCCCCUUGGAGGACUGCCAGGACAACGAUGAGUACUACCACGAGAAACUGGCCGAAAUCAUGCAGUGAUCACAGUAUGCCGGGAUGCACAGACACCUGCAGUCACAAGACUGAUCCCAGAGAUGAUCUCACAGAUGGAACAUGCAAAGCCAGUGAGGGGCCAGCCCAACAGGCCAGAGCAAUGAAGCUAACGAGGGUGACCCCAGUGAGACAGAACAACAGAUACAGCUAUUCCCCUGGCUGAUGAACUGCUGCUUAAUGAGGGCAGCUGCUGACAUUCAGGAGGAAUGGUGCUGAAGGCUGGAGGCUCACCUUCAAUCCUGGGGUUCUUAGUGGUCACAUGCACAUGAAUUCACCCAUCACCUGCCACCUCCACUAUCCCAGCAUCCUCAGUGAUGUGAGCAGUUUGGGUGCUUGUGCGUCAAGCCAUCCUGCUCUACACCCCUCUAUGAAGCCAGCUACAGACCUCCCCUCCAUAUGGAACUCUCUGUCGCAGCUUCCAUUUUCCGUUCUGGAGUUGUUCUCACAGGACGCGUGUUUGCUGGUUCAUCUGUGGAUUAAUUGUCAAUGUCAAGAUGAAGGCUUUGCAAUGAUGCACUCCUGGGUUAUAAUUCAAGGAUAAAUGAUAUAUUAUUAUUAUUACAAUUGAAGUUAUAAUAAUUUGUCCUUCUCCUUCUGUGUCCUCGAAGUAUGUUUCCUACUGUCUCUGCACAAAUAUAAUGUUUCAU